AUGAGGCGCGAAUAUUUGCCGAUCGAAACCCUGCCAGCUUGGCAGUGCCUAAAUGGCAUUGUCGCGAAAGGCGUCGCUUUCCAGAAACUCGGAUCUAGCGAGUAUGGCACCGACAAAGGUAGCGCGAUCGUCGCGACUGAAGCUAAGUCCAGCGACGAGAACGAUGCAACACCUGAGAUCCUCCUCCAAAUACCCUCCGAUCUGGUUCUCUCCCUAGAGACAGUCCACAAUUAUGCUAAAUCCGACCGGUAUCUACACGAUGUAUUGGAGGCAAUCGAUGAUUUCGGAAGAACAGCUAGAGGCGCUAUAAUGAUAUUCCUGCUAGUCCAACUAUCACACACCAGCCCCGAUAUCCGCGACAAACACGAGCAUGUCGGCGUCUCCAACCCAUGGACCGAAUACGUCAAGUUCCUACCUCCGUCAUUCCCCCUGCCCACAUCUUACACGACGGAAGAACAGGAGUUACUCCGGGGAACAUCACUUGCCGAAGCUUUAGAUGCUAAGUUCAUGUCUCUCGAGCGGGAGUUCGAGAAUCUCCACCAGGCCACGGAGAGCAUUAAGUGGUGUCAGCAGAGCUGGUGGGACGAGGAGAAUGGCUCGUUGACGAUUCAGGAUUGGAAAUACGUUGAUGCAGCUUACCGGUCGCGCAUGCUGGAUAUUCCUGGCAGUGGACUUGCAAUGGUGCCUUGCAUUGAUAUGGCCAAUCACAUGUGCGGGGACGGAGUGAAGGCGCUGUAUGAUGCAGACUCGAAUGGGAACGCCGUUCUUCAGCUGCGAUGGGGCAAGAGCCUACAAGCUGGAGAGGAGGUUACCAUCUCAUACGGAGACGAAAAGUCUGCUUCUGAAAUGGUCUUCUCCUACGGAUUCCUAGACAGCGCCAUGACCGAAGCCAGAGAGAUUUGUCUCAACAUAGACAUGCCAGAAGAUGACCCUCUUAGUGUUGCAAAGCAGAUGUUCUGCCAACAGAACCGGGGAGUCCGAAUCACAGCCCAGAAGUCUGAAGAGCAACCAAUUACAUGGGAAAGCCCCCUUGUUUGGAUAGCUUGUGUGAACGAGGAAGAUGGGCUGAAUUUCGGUCUCGCACAGACGAUUGAUGGCGGCAGGGAACUCGAAACUACGUGGAAGGGCGAACAGAUCCAAUCGCCCGAUCAUCUCCGAGAACUUCUCGCCGCUGAUCCCCUGUGGGAAAUCAUCCGGCUUCGCGCUGUGGUGCUACUUCUUGAACGAUUCGAGACCCAGCUCUCUCUUAUGCAGGAGAUGGAGGAAGUCAUCGCUAACCUCCGCGAAAACGAAGAGGCUCUGACCUCGUUCUUCCGACCAGAGAUCUUCGAGUUAAUCACGCGGUUCCGAGGUCUCGAAGCCGAUUUACUAGAGAAGGCGGUUGAAGAACUCAUAAAACAGCGAACCGAGUUGUUGGGAUCUUCCAGUGUCGCAGCUUAUUUCAGCGAGCAAACGGGAGUGGCAGAAGAAGUCGAGGACUUUUCAUGA